UACACUCACAGUCACUUCACAAUUUAGUGUCACAUUCUCACAGUCUAUGGUCAAAACAAACACUGUGUUGGAAAAGCAGUGUUUUUUUUAUCUCCAUGAAACAUGAUAGACAACUUUCAAGGCACUUUUUGUCUCUGUGUUUUUUUUGUUUUUGUCGCUUCUGAAACAGCUGGGCAGUCAUGCAGGGGAAAGUGUGGAGACAUUAUGGAGGAUUGCUCCUGCCACACAACCUGUGUGUCUUUGCUUACCUGCUGCCCAGACUACAACCAGUCCUGUUUGCAGGUGACACCUUACUCUAGCUCCAUGCUGGGUGGAAGAGCUCUAAGGAUCCUCAAUUUGGUCCUUCAUCCUGGUGGGCAACUUCACUGCAGUUUCAAAGGCAAAAUUGACCGAGAGGGCUUUAUUGAUGGUGAAGGCCGUGCCUACUGUAUCACCCCUUUAUUGUAUGAGACGGGUUGGGUUCCAUUUACUGUCUCAACAGAUGGACUACAUUUUGACAGAUCUGGAGAGUACUUGUCAGUGCAUCCCAGUAAAGCAGAACCUGCCUUUGAAGUCAUCCUGGUGAAUGCAACAUAUUGGCAGAACUACGACCCCCGAAGCAACACAGGACGGCUUGAGAUGAUGUGGAACAGCUCUUUGAUUGCAGCAGAGAAGGUCAACAUAGAGCUGUGGGGUUACAGGGAGUCCAGCAGGAACACAGAGGGAGGAACAGGCGGAUCACCGUCUUUGCAGGCCGAGCUGAGCUAUCUGUACUCUGUGGGCAGGAAUCAGCCCAACACUGGGGCCUUCAGCUUCAUCCCUGAGCCCUCACAGGACUACUCUGACUGGGAGCUGGGGAACAUUCGCAUCACUGCCAUUUUGAAGUCAGAAGGUGCAAGGGAUGUGCAGGGUCUCUGGAGUAGAGGUCACGUGUUAGCCUGGCACCUGGAGCAGACUUUCAGAGAUGACUCUGCAGCAUGGGCCAGAAACAAGUGUCUGCAGUGGGACAUGCUGGAGAAGAAGCUGCCUAACUUCCUAGAUGAACUCAUCGAAUGUCCUUGCACCCUGGCUCAGGCCCAAGCAGACACCUGCAGGUUUCAUACUGACUAUAGCUGUGACAUUGAGAGGGGUAGUGUCUGCACUUACCACCCAGGGAGUGUCCACUGUGUCAGAGCAAUUCAGGCCAGUCCAACACAUGGCUCAGGGCAGCAAUGCUGCUAUGACAACACAGGAGCUCUAGUUCUGACAGGAGACUCGAUCGGUGGCAGCACCCCGGACAGAGCUCACGACUGGGGAUCGCCUCCGUACGGGGAGCCACCACGGGUGCCCGGGUACUCCCACUGGCUUUAUGAUGUUGUAACUUUCUAUUACUGCUGCCUGUGGUCAGCCAACUGCCAGAUUUACUUCAACCAUCGACCUUCUAGCGGAUGUCAAAACUACAAGCCGCCAAGAGCUGGUGUCGUCCUCGGGGAUCCACAUUUCAUAACGUUCGAUGGCCUCAGCUACACUUUCAAUGGCAAAGGAGAGUAUAACCUCGUGACAUCACCACACAGAGAACUGAGUGUUCAAGCCAGAACAGAACGGGUGAAACUAAAGAAUGGUACCUUGGCAAAAGCCACAGGGCUAUCAUCAGUGGCUGUGAAAGAGAAAGCCUCUGAUAUCAUCGAAGUGCGUCUUGCAGAGGGCCAGCUUCAGGUGCUUAGGAACCAAAAAGUCCUUCUGUUCACCGAGCAAAGAUCGAUGACCCUGCACGGAGUGUUUGUGUUCGCCCCCUGCCCACAGAAUGUGAUGGUAACCUUCCAGUCUGGUGCUGGUGUGGAGGUCUGUGUGCAUGAAGGAACCAUGGCAGCGUCUGUCCUGCUUCCAACAGAGUUUAGCAACCAAACGCAGGGUCUCCUCGGUCUGAUGAACUCUGACCAAUCAGAUGACCUGUUAACUCAGGCUGGACAGGUCCUCUCUCCAGCACAUGCCACGGCAGAGGAAAUCUUUACCUUUGGAGCUGGCUGGAACAUCUCAAAGAAUUCCUCUCUUUUCACUUAUGACACAAAGUAUCUUUUGGAUAACUACUAUUCCUCACCCAGCCAUGAUCCUGCUUUUGUUCCUGCCUUUUGUCUUCCUGAGAGCCCUGAUGACCCGCUGGUGGCAGACAUGUUGAAGAUGUGCUCUGGAGAAGGAGCAGAGUUUUGUAAAUAUGAUACCCUGAUUUCCCAGAGCCUCACAAUGGGAAACGCCACACUCAGGGCCUACCAGAAUUACCAGGUCCUAAUGGAAGCCCUGCAGCCAGUGUUGUCUUGUGGCUGGCUUCCUACACCCAGGAAUGGGAAGAAAAAUGGGACCCAUUACCUUGAGGGAAACACUCUGAGCUUCACCUGCAGAGAAGGCCAUAUACUGUAUGGGUCAUCAGAGCGUACCUGUCUGCAUGAUGGGGUCUGGACUGGAGAGCAAACUUACUGUGUAACAGAUGAUAAGGUGGGGUUCAUCCUUGGAGCUAUUGGUUCCCUCUCAGCAUUUGUCACAGUGGGAGUAAUGAUCCGACUGCACAGCAGAAGGCAGGAAAGGGAGAAAAAAGGGUAACUGGACCGGAAGGUAACCUGAGAGCAAUCUUGUAAAACAAUCAAAGUCCUCUUUGAUUAUGGAUUAUAUUAUCUUCUCAACUUUGAUAUUGAUAAAUUGAUAUACAAUUAUAUAACUCUCUCACCUAAACCUACAACUGUAUAGACUUGUUAGAGCUGAGAAUUUGGAAACUACAAACAGUCAUGUUGCUUUCCAUGCUGAUGGUCAUCUUUUGACCUCUUGACCCGAUCAGGAAAACCUUAGACACUAGCUAAGCUUUCAGCAUGUUAUUUGGCCGCAUGUUAUUUUGCUCUCUUGUUUAGUUUGGAAAACUUCCAGGCUGUGGUAAAUGGCGCAUGAGUUGGGGAUUGAGGGUAUUGAAGUAGAAGCAGAAAUGCCAGGAUUGUUUUUGUAUUCCCAUUUUGCAUGACUGAACAUUCUGUCUCAGCUGGGGAGCGAAUUGUAUAAAUAAUACUACAAGGAGAUAUCAUCAUUACAAUCAACACUCCAUCCUCCGGUUCAGUUUGAAAUGAGACCAGAUGUGUUCAUGUUGAACGUGAAGUGAACCUGAUCAUUUUUUUGGUUGAAAGACUUCAAACUCAUAUGCAGCCUCUGUGUGGGCUCACAGCCUUCACUCAAACGAAGGGUUUUUUGCUGAGAGACUGAGGGAGAGAAAAACACAAAUGUCACAUAAAGGUCAACUCUUUACACAAUGUCAACACUUGCCUUCUUUGCACUGCUACAUAUCUGUACUCAAAGACAGGAGGAAUUGAUGAUGAAUAUGAAUCUUUACAUUCCACAUCAAUAAACGAUCAGAAAUCAAGGGUCACACCUUCUUCUAUUAAGCAGAUGUUUGGUGUCUUACACAGCAGCAUGCCCUAUCCCACAGACCAGCAUCUCAUGUUACCCACGUGCUCUUCUCCUUUUCUUUGAACCUGACUCUCUUCUCCUUUCCAAAACAAAGUCCAGAGGCGGGGGGGGGACAGAGUGACAGGGUCCUGUGUGGCUGAUCCCUGGAGUGAUAGGACGAGGUCCAGCUGUGCAAGAAGAAGGGUUCUUCUUGGAGGCUAAUUGAAAUAACCUGGUCUGCUGGACAGGGAAGGCUUUGAAGUUUGUUUUAGGGGUUUUGUUUGCAGCAUGUGAACACUGUUUUCGAUCUAGCAGUUGUGCAACACCUGCUGACACUGCCAGUUGUUGCCACUGUGUCAUGCCUAAGGGAUUCUUUGGUCUCUUUUGUUUUUGUGCAUUAUAAGUUUCCCUUUUUUUUUUCUUCUUUUUUAUUUUUGUGUAUCUCCCUGUUUUUUAUAUGUGACUUUCUUUAUCCAUCUCUCUCUUUCUGCCUCUCCUUCCACUUUCUCAGCCAUCUGAUCUAAUUGCAGCAGUUGGCAGUUCACCAGUCAGUCUGGUUCCCUUCAAGCUCUAUUGCUAAGUUGCUUGCUCUAGUUGGAUUAAUGUUGGGUCUCUUCAAAUAACAUAAUAAAUAGUGUGGUCUAGAUUAGGGGUCUCUGACCUUUUUUCACCUGAGAGCACUUACAUCACAUCGCGUAUGUUUAGUCACAUGAUCAAAACAAAUGAACCAGCUGAAUUAAGCUACUUCCUCUCGUCCGUCAUUGCUUCCUUCACAAACACGCUGCUGAUGAAUGGCUUUUAAAGUCCUCUGAGAUCAUUUUACUGUAACUACUGUAGGUGCUUUAUAAAAAGAUAUUGAUUGAUCGAUCGAUGGAUUGGCAUUCAAACACAUUAAGAUCCUUUAAGAGUACAAAAUAAGAACACACGCAUCAGGUAUUGAAACAGGCCCCCCACACAAAGAAGAAGUAAGCCUCCCUGUGAUUGGCCAUAGGAGUUCUUUUCACAGUAUCAGCUCAGAUCUGACUCUGAUCUGUCUGUAUAAUCUCUUAACUGGGUGCAAAUUUUCCUGCUUUCAUGUGUCAGCCAGGACUUAGAGGAGAGGCAAUGGAGCAAGCUGCUGCGUUUGUUUGCAGAGUCAGAUGCUGAUUAAUUGCAUCUGGAGGAAAGUCAAGGUUUUUCAUCUCUGUGGGGGCCUGAUCUAACCCCGAAUGCUUAUGCAUGCUUAUCAUCCCAACAGCCCGCCGUAAUUAGUUCAAUCAAAUACAAACAUGACUAAAUGCUAAUGUGCUCUGUGGAAGCCUGUUGCUUUCACGUGGGACUUUUCCCGUUUCUCAGAUCUACUCUACAUCCCUUGAUUAGAAUGAAAGGCUUCUGAAGUGGCUUUUGGAUGAGGCUUUUGUUUCGAGGGUGUGUGUGUGUUUUAUUUUUUGUUUCAUGUCAACUCCAGCUUUGCAGGUGUGCUUUGUCCAUAACCUCUUAAUACCUCAUGGUGGAGCAUCGUCUUCUGAUGUUAACUCUAAAUUUUAAGGCGUAGGUUGAAACAAAGAUGGAUGUCAGGAUUAAGGGUGUGCCCGAACACAGAGUUUUAUGUCACAGUGUGUUACGGGCAAUGUGAACAACUCUGGAUGCGUAUCCUGGAAUGUAAUUCAAAACCAACACUUAGAAAUAUUCAUUAUUGAUUGAACUUAUUUAACUUUAUUUUUAACUCUCUUAGAAACAUUGAAGUAUGUUUAACUAAUUAAAAGUUUUCUCAACUUGUGACAUGAAGUCAAAACUCAGUCAAAGAUGGUAAAAAAAAAUAGAACAUAGUAUGUAUUGCAUAUAAAUAGGCGUUAUUACAUAUGUAUGGAAACACUGUACCAGCACAAUGCAAAUAAAACACAGCUAUUAACCUUAUAUUUUAUUAGUGAAAAAAAUUAACUUGAUUACUUUUAGAAAAAUAUUUUAAUUUUUUAUGUCAUUUUUAUGCCAUUUUUAUGUGUCAUGCAUUUACAUUUUCCAUCACUUGUAGUCUCCACCAUAUUUGGUGUUGGCAUGCUACCUUUCAUAAACAGAAGGAAAAAAAUCUCCUCAUAAGUGCUUAAAGGAAUAUUACCACUCUUAGAUCACCAAGCAAAGAACUCACUCCUAAAUCGGCUGUUUGACCUAAAGUGUAGUGGCCCUUCAGACACAAACUACUCUUGACAUUAACACUCUGUAUAACUCUACCGCUCACAGGCCAGCUACUGGUGUUCCCCUUCCCUAGUCAUCAACAUCUGAGGCUGAACUUCAUCCCCUGAGGCAAUGUAAUCCACUCAGUAACCAGUGGCCCUUAGGACCCGAGGCUCAUUUUUCAUUGGAGUCAGUUCUUUUUUUAAAGAAGCACGUCAUUCUCUCAGGCCACAGAAAAGGCAGAUACCUCACUUUACUACACCACAGAUGAGAGUAGCAGAGCAAAACAGACCCAGCAUGCCCAAUCCACCCCUACAGAUGUUCGUCCUAGCCCAUGCCCGACACAGGAAGCCAUUAAAGAGUAAAUCAAUCAGCCGGCUCUGUGGAAACGGGACAAACCUCCAUGGAAAGCAUGUGGAGGGGCACGUUGCCAGAGGACUGAGAUGCUAUACGCGACUUGUACCAAAUAUAAAUUCAUUGCAGACUCUUGGAAACUUGUGUUUUCAUAAACACCAUGAAAUGGUGGAAGCAAUUUCCCUGUUUUGGACUGAUUCAAAUGCAAAGCAGUGGAGGUUACCGACAAAAGAGGAGUGAAAGAAGAAAAUAAAUAAGGCUUUGUUAGCGUGUGCCUUUUAUUUCCCCAGAGGGAAAAUAUUUUCAAAGAUCAAUCUCUUCCUGAGAAAUCAUUUUAGCGGUGAUAAUCCUCAAACAACAUUCCCCUCUCUUAUUUCUAAACUGAAAAGAAUGCAAACCAUUUUCAACUGUCGUCAUGAAUAAAGAUGAGCAUCAGGGCACUUCUUUACAGCAUGCAAAUAUGAAGUUGUGCUCUUUCCUGGUUGUUUGUUUCCCUUUGAAGAAGUUAAUUCCUUACAGACACAGCUUCACUCCUUAUCUAUAUUUACCCCAGUCGACUGCAACCUGCAGCCACUCUGUUUUGUAUCAUGUGCUACAUCUAAGUUUUAUUUCUGUCUGGUUAUAUUUUACCGAAAGGAAUUCAACUUCUCUGGCAUAUUUAGCACAUGUUUUACAAAAGGACACUUACAAAAUGUGCAUGUUUUCUUUAAGAUAUUUGAUUUAUUGACACUUCACUGCCAGACAGGAACAAUUAUGGCGUCUACCCAAGGGAGACACUUCAAUCGCUAGAUAUAAUCUAUCAAAGGACAACUUUAUCCCCAAUAUACUUUAAGUCUAAGUAUGUAAAGCUGAGUGAGUAAUUCCUUGACUCAAGAUUUAUGAUAGCACCUGUCUGUUAGCACAAGUAAACUGUUCCAGCUGGCUUGGGAAUUCCCAUCAAAUCCAGCUCCAGAAUCCCCCAGAUCUUCAAGAACUUUGUUCUUGUCAUCAGAGAUAAAGCUUUGCAAUCUUCCCCAACCAUUAUGCUUAAUGAUCUGCUUAACCAGCCCCGUUACACCAAAGCUAGUUCCAAGGAGAAAGACAACUUCAAAAGAACAUUAUUCUUCCAUGCAAGGGUUGUGUUUUCCCCUAUAUGUCCUUAUCAGGCAAUGUGGAACUUGUGUGAUACACAGAUAUGAUGCAGAAGUAUUUAAAUCCCCGCUGUGUACGUGGAGCUUCGUCCAAGGAUUUGUUUGUGUAUGUCUGUGUGUGGGUGUACAUACAGUCUGACGUUCUGUUUGUAGCAGUACACAGACACCAAACGCAUGCAGUGUACAUGUCUUUCAGAUAAAACCAUAUCAGUUGAAACAAGACUCAGCUUGUCUCGUCUGAUCUUUCACAGUUGCUGACAUCAAUGCUUCAGUUAAGAACAAUUGUAUUCAGUAUUUGCAACAAGAUGUGGGUUUUUUUUUAUCCAUUACUUAAUAUUAGGCAAAUCUGUUGUUAGUUUUUUUGGUUUGCACACUAUUUUCAGACCUCAGUUGGUGGCCUGAUGGGGAAUGCAGCCAAUAAAAAACCUACUGUAAAUCAUGCCCAUACAGGCUACAAAAAAAAAUUGCAUCUAGACAGAGCUAUCCUUAGUUAAUUGGUCAGAAUGUAAGAAGUUAACGUUUUAAUUAGUUGGCGUUCAAGCCUUUUAAUUUGUUAUGAAUGUUGGUGUGCACAGAAAUAUACAUAUUUUAACAUAUUUUAAGAUUACGUUAAACCCGACUGUUAAUGCGGAGCGAUUUAGAGAAGUCAGACUGAACCACAAAAUACUUGAAUGCAUUACUAAGGAUGAGAAAACACUAUUAGAUACCUAGCUUUAUAGGUCCGAUAUAGGAAAUGUAAAAAUGUUUGGCCACUUAGACUCACCUUCUUUCAGAUCUGGAAAAACCAUGUCCAAGUCACAUGUCCGAUUACUUUUAAAAUAAGUGCAUGAGAUGACAAAUUCAAUGGUUUAUGUUGGUUUGUUUACGUUUAAGACUUUUUAGUUAUGUAUCUAAUUGGCACACAUUCUCAGGUCCCAGAGGCAGCUACAGAUUUGCUUGUGGUAUCUCUUAAUAUUCCCUGUGUGUCUGUGCAUAGAUCUGAAUGUGCAAUCUGUAACACAGGGGGGCAUUGCAGGUCCUUUAUUUUUCUCUAUCAACCUUAUGAAUUCUGAACACUUUGUUUCGUUUUGUUGUCUCCUCCACAGCAUGUCUGAACCCUCAAGGUCAAAGACCUCAUAGGUAUUCAUAUCAGCAUCUCCCCUCAGCCCUGCGCUUAAUAAGAAGACAGCGCAGCCACAGCAUCAUCAGGUCUACGUUUUAUUGUGUUCAUUACAACUGCUGUGAGGAGUUUUGAACUGGUUAUAAAGCCUACUCCAUUUAGUGCUAAUGCCCCUUCAUGAAACCAGGCCAUCUCUGAGAAAAUUGACUCUGUCUUUUUAGUUAUUGCUCAUGUCUUUUACCGGGUCUGUUCUCGUUUCUCACACUUAUUUAGAGUGUUGAAAUUAAAAAUUGUCAGUCUAUCAGCAAGGGUUUUCAUGAAUUACAUGGACUUAUUUCAGCUUUUCAACCUUAUCUAUCCAUCUGAGUUAGGUCUAUAUUGUAACUGAUGAUUGCUGAUGGUUUGUUUCUGGGCAAAAUAAACUGUUUGGUUCAUUAACUGUUAUUUGGCUGUCAGAGCACCAUUAAAGCUUGAUUUCAAGUCCUUACCUUCUUUCAAACUAGCUCGUAAACUACGCAUUAACAGGAUAAAAUAGCAUGCAAAGUAUAAGUGCAGAGGAUGUUAUGGAUUUUGUUCAGGUGUUUUGUCUGACAAUGAUAGUCAGCCAUAUUUAUUCAUACUAAAGUAUAUAGCAGUAGAAACGCAGCAGUGGCCUCAGUGAGGCUGAGGCUACGGCUGCCCUCUUUGCAAUGCAUUCUGUUGGCAGUGCUGCCACAGCUCUGUGAGCAGGAUAUCUUAGCUCUCCUGGUCAGUUUAGCACACACAGGAAUUUGUCACUUUAGUUGACUGGAUAUACUAUCAACAGUGAUUGGACAUUAAGAAAAAGCAAUCCCUUUCAGUGCACUAUGCAUUGAUUCAAAAUGCAUCUUGCAGAUUCAAGUUUUGAAAAGCUUUUUUUUAUUUAACAAACUGAUUCAAAAUAUUUACAAUAUAUAAUGAUCCAUUCAGUUCCUAUCUGCAGUGAUCUUGUGCUUAUUUCCAAACGACGUUAAUGACUUGAUGAAAUCUUCCAACUUGCAGUGUCAGUAGGAUUUGCAUGCUGGGAUUUGUAAGGCUUUCUUGAUAUACUGUUAGAAGAUUGAAUGGAGGACGCAGUUUGCCCUGAUUUGUUUCUAUUCAAAAUUGGAACUGAGAUGUGCGUGGUUAACAUUAGCUCAACAUGUGUAUUAGAAGCGAGCUUACAGUGCAUAGCUCUAUUGUAAACAGAUACUGUAAUCCCGCAAACAUACCAUAGUUCUUGCAAUUCUGUGUCCUGAAACUCGUUUUAUCGAUCCUGUCCUUGUGACUAUUCGACUCUUUAGAUCUUUGCUUGUUUUUGUUUUUCAUUUGGCCACAAAAUGUUUUUUUGCUUAAAUUAAAUAUGACAUCAAGCCUCCUUUUAUCAUCUUCAUAAGAAGUAAAUAUUCUCCAUAUAAAAGUUUGCGUCCUCAAAUGUGUUCUUCAUCAGCAGUUUUACACUUUGCAUAUGCUGGAUUGUGGUUCUGUCACUACAUUGCCUGAAUGGAUGAAAUGAAAAAGACACCCAUCAGAGCAUGUUUGCAGUGUUUUCCAGUUUGACAUGGAGAAAAAAAUGGAUGCACAGCAUAAAAACAAGUCUGGCCUGAAUAUACCCCACAGUGAUAAAACCCCCCUGGAGUUGUUUGUGCUCAGAGAGAGCAUUCGGAUGGAAGAUAAUUUAAUGUGGUGACAGCUCUCAAUCCUUUGAAGAGCAGAUUCAGACAACAAACAUCAAUACUGCGUUUCUUCAUGUAGAGAAAACAAUAAGUGAGUUUGAUAUCUUCUGAUUCAGCAGAAUACAAUUUUUAUUCGAGCUUUUUAAUCAAACCUAAGUAUAUAUCUGAUAUCUGCAUCAAGUGUCAUUCCAGCUAAAAAAAGAAAAAAAUGUUGAUGAUAUGCUUCAUUUGAGCUCUGGUACCACAGUCUAAAUUCUCCCCCCGCAAAGUGGCACAAUGGGCAGAGACAAGGACUGCAUCGCUUGUCAACAAGCCUCUGGCUCUUUUUCUUAUGAGGUGAUAUGAAGAUGCAGUUUCUCUUACUUAAAAGACUGGUGAUUGCGAUGGUGUUAAGCAAUGUAUCUUUUUCUUUAAUUGAACUUCUUGUUUUGUUCUAUUUUCAUUAAUCAUCUGAUCGGUGAUGCUUCAAAAGUCACAGAAAGGAAAGUUGGGCGUUAUACUUAUAACUAAGACAGGAACUAUUUGUAUCCUUUGGUGAUUAUGAAUCUGAGCUUGGAAUAUGCUCAGAUUCAUAUCAUGACUUCUCAUCAUUCUUACACAGAUUACACUUUCCCUUACAGUCACAGAUAAGUGUAUAGAAGGAAUCAAUAAGUAGAUGUGCCAGAAUUUACUACAGCUGAAUAAAGGAAAUUGUAAAAUAGUGUAUUCAGCCCAGAUCCAUGAACUGGUUUCCAGUUCCUCACAGAAUCAAUUUCAAAAUGCUCUUACUUGUUAAUAAAUCACUAAAUGAGUUGGUCCACCUGCCAGACUUCCUGACCCGGCACAAACUUCCCAGACUUCUUAGGUCUGCUGGUUCUGGACAAUUGUUUGCUCCCUGAGUAAAAACUGAACAUGGCGAAGCAACAUUUAGUGUUUAUGACUCUCAAUUGUGGAACAAAUUGCCUGUGAAGCUAAUACUUGAAACAGUACUAACAUCUUUCUUUUAAAUCCAAGCUCAAGACUCACCUGUUUAGGGAAGCUUUAAAUGAAUAUCUUUCAAAUGUAAUUGUAUUUUCUUUCCUAAAUGUUACUUUGUUGAAUUGUUUUCAACUUGAUUGUGUUUAUUUUUUCUUACUUUUCUGUGUUUCUUAUUGUUUUUAACUGUUCUUUGCUUGUGUCUAAUCUGUUUGUGUAAAGCACUUUGGUUUGCCCUUGUGCUUUACAAAUAAAUUUUAUUUAAUCUUGUUCAAAUUAUGAACUACAACCACAUUUUAACAACUUACAACUGUCACAAAGUCAGCAUAUUACCAUCUCAAAAAUAUAGCAAGAACCAAAGAUUUGGUGUCAGAAGAUGUCACAGAGAGAUUUGCUGAUGCUUUCGUUUUUAGCAGGCUGGAUCAUUGUAAAAGUGUUUUCACAGUUCUGACUAAAAACUGUUCUGACCGAUGCAGCUCAGCCAGAACGCUGCUGCCAGAUUCCUCACCAACACCAAGAAAGUAAAACACGUGACAUCAGUGCUCAGAUAUCUCCACUGGAUAUAAUCUAGAAUCUUACUCCUCAUUUAUAAAGCACCAACUUGUCCUGGGCCAAAAUACAAAUCAGACCUGGUAGUUUGUUUUGAGGCAUCCAGACCCCUAAAAUAAUUUGGGACAGGUUUACUGAUCAUUCACAGAAUCAGAACGAAGCAGGAUGAGGCAACUUUUAGUUUCUUUGCUCCGGGUAACAACCUCAGAUGGAACCUGAAGCUUUCCCAGCCCUUUUAAAACAGGUCAGAAAACAUUUUUAUUUACUGCUGUCUUUCUAUAUGUUCAAUACCUUACUGAGGUAUGACUCUGCAGUCCAGGACUGUAGAACACUAUCACACUGUAAGACACACUGAGCAGAUAAUGAAUCAUUAAUUGCCGGAUAUGAGUAUGUUUUCAUACAUUUUGUGUUUCAAUGUUGUAUUGUUGCUUAAUGUGGUUAUGUCUUUAUUUAUUUUCGAUCUUAAUGUUAUAAAUGUUUUAUCUUUAAAUCCUCUUAAUGUUAUAAAUGUUGUGUUUUUAACUCUGUACAGCCCUUUGAUUUUUCUUUAUAUAUGAAUGGUUCUCUAUGAAUAAACUUGCCUUGCCUUGCUGCCACCCUAAUUCAAAUAAAUGUUCCUGCGUCACCUAGUAAA